CGGAGGGUUUCUAGAACUUUCUAUAAAUUGUUACGCCAAGUGCAAAUUUUGUAGCUGUCAUUACCUUCUCACUCAUCCCCGCCGCUUGUUGUUGUCUUUCUCACGUCUCCGAUCUAAGAAGAUGUCUCAACACUGUCACCCAGAUUGCCAACGAGCUAUGGAUGCCCAAGAAGAGCAUGAUGCAGCUGAGAGAGCCGCCAUGAUCGCAGUUUGUCUGAUAAGCAGUGCUCGUAUGGUAGCUAACCUGGACAGCGAGUACACUUCCUACUCUGCUCAGUUUUUGGUUGACAACGCUGGUCGCAGGAACGAGCCGGCUCAGGAUCCGCAGCCCUCCACGUUCACCAUCCAAGACUGGAUUCAGUACUUGGUGGAGAUCGCUACUCCCAAGCCUGAAUCCGAGCAGAGAGAAGUGGACGAGCGACGCAACACGCUGACUCUCAGAGACUGCCUCGAGUACGCUUUGAAAGAAGGGUUACCGAAGCACGAGCACUGGACACAUGUGGGAUGUGUGCACAAGCCUCCUCCGUUUGCGUCUCUCAUUCCUCGUGUUCCCAUGAAAGGGGAACUGGUCGAGGCUAAGACAUGGGAAGAGGCGUCUAAGUUGCUGAAGCAGCAACCGGUGGGAGCGAAACUCCACGUGUUCAGUCCUGAGUUCGAUCUUGUCAGAGAUGAGGGUUUUUACGAGGGACCGUCAGGUCCUGAAUCACGCUACGUUGGGCUAAGAGAUGUGAUGAUAACUGGAAACGGGAGGAUGAAGGGAGGUCCUUUCUUGGAGGUGAAGAUAGUCUACAAGAAGAAGGAGACAUUCCUCAAAGUGUCUUGCACUCGUGUGCUCACCUCACUCCCCAAUGACAGCGGCGAGGAGUGUGAGGUAGAGCCAAUGGGUCUGCUUGUUGAUUUCAUCAUCCCGCGCUUUUCUAAGUAAGUAAACAAGAUCGUGGAUGGGUCUUGGUUUAGUAAGUAUCUAGAGAAACAAUGUGUCGGUUAAUAAGAGUCAAGUAUGAUGUAAGUUGCUAAGUAUCAUGAAAACCGUAUGCUAGUUUUAGGAGAGGUCAAGCCAAUGUUUGCAAUGGCAUUUAGAGAUUUGUGAGAACUGAGAAACACCCUCUACUUCGUGCACACAACCAAAAAAAAAUUGGAAAUUCAAAGCUUUCAACAUGAAUUUUGUCACGUUACAUAUCUUA